AUACAUACAUACAUACUACAGUAAAGUACCCAUACGGAACAAUGCAUGUCUUUAAAUCCUCCCUUUGAGCCAGCAUCACGAAAUGCACUAUGACUCACGAUAGUUUCAAAACACCAUGGCCAUGAAAGACGAGGCCUGUUGUCGGUUAAAGUAGAAGGAUCCCCGAACACACACUAUCCCCCAUAUUCCGUAAGGCAGUCCAAUAGAUACGCAGGUAAACACACCUUUAGCCAGAUGUGAACUGAAGAGGACACAUGGACCCUUUGAGAAAGGCGACCGCACCAAAGCUGUACACACUGAAGCGUCGAUCGAUCAGCAGCGCUUUUCAGUUCAUCUGCCAGUCAGUCACAGGGAAAGCACGGACGCGUUCUUCUUUUGGGAUCUUCUCUAGUUGGGUGUGUCUGGCAUCGCCUACUCUCUGCACAAGGUUAGGACACUGUCGUUGUUCUAGUUUCAUCAAAGUGACGCCGCGGAGCAAUGACAACAAGCGAGUCAGAGGCAGACCUAGAUCUGGACAGCCUAGCUUCUCUCUCCGACGACGACGACGACCGCCGUGAGCCCGUCCGGACGUUCCUCGGAGAGAUGUGCGAGGAGUGCCGAGGAGCGGAGCUUCCCGCCCACCAUGCCACCUCCCUGGGGCACCUGGGCUGUCUGAAGAGGGUGGUGGGGGAGAAGAAAGAAGAUAUCGCCCUGUUUGACGAGGACGGCAGCACGCCGCUGUAUCUGGCAGCUAGGAAAGGACACAGUCACUGCGUGAGGUGGCUCGUGACGCAGGACCUGGUGCCGACCCGGGCAGCCAAUGUGCGCGGGGAGACGGCCGCCAUGGUGGCCGCCGCUGAGGGCCAGCUCAAGUGCCUCAAGCUCAUCCUCUUCAACGGCUACGAUCACCACUUCGACAUCGGCUUCGAUCGGGACAGCGGCGGACUGACACUCCUCCAUGCUGCUGUGCUCAGAGACCGUGAGGCCGUGGCGCUAUGGCUGGUGGACCAGUUCGGGGAGACUCUGGUGGAGAUGAAAACGAACGACGGGCUGUUGGCGCUGCACAUCGCCGCCGCCAAGGGGAACCUACAGCUGGUCAAGACACUGGCGACGAGCAGCAACUCUUCCGUGCGCACACAGGACGUCAGAGGAGCCACGCCCAUUUUCUACUCCGCCCAAGGUGGACACGUGGACUGUCUUUCUUACAUGGUGGAAGACAUGAACGGAGACGUCUCCAUCUCGACCAAUGAGGAGAAGUCACCUCUGCACGUGGCCGUACAGGGCGGCCAUCUUGAAACAGUGCAGUGGCUUGUGGGAAGGAUGGGUCCUGGCUCGCUGGGACUGCAGACCAAGGACGGAGCUACCGUCAUGCACUAUGCGGCAGCAAUGGGGCACACGAACAUCAUGCGCUGGUUGCUGUCCCAGCGCAAGUCGGUAGAGGUCGCAAAGAUGACGGACAAGGAAGGUGGUACAGCUGCGCACGACGCAGCAGCAAAGGGACACAUGGGAUGCCUGAAACUACUUGUAGAACUGGGUUUGGAUAUUCACCAGAAAGACCAGGAUGGCGUGUCACCCUAUCAACUGGCGAUACAAAGCGGAAAUGACGUAUGUACCCAGUACGUCACAUCCUUGCAGGGCGAGAUGCUCGGCCAACGCGGUUUCUGGGUGCGACGUCAAGACAAACCGACUACAUCAAUCGACAGUGGCAUCAGCUGCAGUACAGACGACACAGCGUCGCCCUUCCCCACACUGAACAGGUCCGCCCUGUCCGCGGAACGUCUCCCACGGACCCGCAGUCUCAUCAGCACCGCGUCACGGUCUUCAGACGUCAGGCUACCGAGGACAAAGCGAAAGUCGAGAAGAAAAAGUUGGAAGUUCUGGAAAAGCAAGAAGGACGACGACAGCGAGCAAACUUUGACGGCAGACCACAAGACGAUACCGACGUGCGGCCGCGCGCCAACACCGCCCCCUAUCAGAUCGCAGUGGCAGGACAUCUCCCUAGAGGCCAGGCUGCUUCCCAGGAAAGACGCCCUGUUCCCGCACGAUCAACCAGACGGACCCGGAUACAGCUGGAGAAGGAAGGGGUCAAAGUCACUUUUUCAACAGAAGCACCGGUCCGCUCCUGUCUGUCUGCCCGCCGAAGAAGUUGUCGGUAAAGCAGGGGACAAGAGCACAGAUGAAGGGCUCUCAUUGGCUGACAGACAAAUCGAGAUGAUCGUUAGCGACAUCCGGGACAGUCCCCGGCCGGAGUCCGCGGUACUGCGCAAGCGCCGUGACAGCAACUGGACGUUUCGUCGAAAGAGCAGUUCGGAGGUCGAGGCGCCGGAUGACCUGGUCACUGCGCUGGUCAACCUGGGUCUGGAGGACCACGUCAGCGAGGGGGACAGUCCGUCAGGGUCAGUCAGAAGAGAUUACGGUGAUAAGGAACAAGCAACCCCGCAAAUAAUGAGAGUCACAAGGGCCGUUGUCCAUUCUUCGGACGAGGACGCAUGCGCCGCCGCCCCAGAGGAGGAAACCCCCAACACUCUCCAUGACAUUGACCUCUCCAAUCAGCUGAUCCAGGUCAAGGACACGGAGGGCGUGACGGUGCUGUCGCCUGCCGCCGAGAGCGCGCAUGCACCGCACGUGACAGUGAAGAAGACGCUAGCGAGCCGCUCGUACAGCGACCCCACGGGCACCAAGCGUCCCACCAGUAUAGCCGGGCUCUGCGCACGGACCGAGACGGCCGCUGACAACGACGACUUGAUAACAAGAACGGAUAAAACAUGGGAUUUCCACUUUGGAAAACCCUAUGCAGACACAGAUGCAACAACUACCGCCGACGGGUUGGAUGGCAUAGACAUAGUCCAAGAUGUUCCAGCCUUUAACGAAGUUACAAAUGAUGUGCCUUCAACUCAAAACGUGGAGGAGACAGAACCUGCAGAUAAUUCCGCUAUAUCUCGAGCCCUCGAAGCUGAUACUGAAAGCAAACCUUUGCAGUCUAAGGAAGAGAGCGCAGACACAAGUAGCGGUCAGGAAGACUCUCUAUCUGUAAACUCGAAGCACGUUACAAAAACAAGCACAGAAGUGGACUCAUUCGAAACACCAAACAGAACACUCAGUACACCUACACAUCGUCCAAGGCCCGCUCCCAAUGCUACUACUCCUACUACUCCUAUCACUUCUACUACAACAAGAGAGAAUCCACAUUUCAAAAGUGUGAUACAGCAAGAGCUGGAGCGGAUACGAAAGCCUAGAGAAAUCACUAUUGUUGAACUGGACGGGAAAGUAGUGACGUGUUUUACGUCAUUGGAGCUGGAAACAGGUGGGAGUGGCGCUCAGGCCAAGAGACGGGACACAGAGGUAGGCCGUCAGGCUCAGCUAAUGGUCAGUCACUGUGGGGCAGGAUAGGCUGUUACAUUUUCAUUUACUUCAGUCCAGAUUUUUUCCCCACCGCGCGUGGCAGGAAGUAUAGAGUUAGCCCACUGUAUCUAGCUCUACCAGACUGACUACGCUGACUAUUAUAGGGAGAUUUUGCAAAAAUUGCCAGGGGAGUUUUGCUACUAGAGGAGAUGGUCGGCCGUGCAAAAUGAGCCUUAGCGUGGACUGACUCCCCUGGCCAUUUUUUUGCCGAAUUUUACGAUCCCCGCUCCUCGUAGGAAGGCCUGGUGGAGGCUACAUUAUAUCUAUCGUAUGCUGAAGACAAAUUGAAGCUUAUGAAGCUUGCCUCACCAAGAAAAGCCUUCAGAAGUAAAACAAAAAGUUAUAAAAGGCCAAGUUCAACAUGUCGUACAUACAUAUACUGCACUUACAGGGAAAAGAGAAGACAGCCGCUAGCACCAGAGGUAACACCAGAAAUGUAGAUGGACGGGCAGGUUCUGAGCAAUCAAAGGACGACUACAAUGAAGAAGACUACGUCUCCUUGAGAAGGGCGUUGACCAGACGGCUCAGCCAAUCGCUGUCUCCGUACCAUCUUGAAGAAAUAGAGAGCCAUGAAUGCGGCAACAAACCUCCUGACAAAUAAUGUGAUUCAAGAUAAUUCUAAUCUCUCAUAUACCCUGUAUAGUACAACCUAUUGUUCAGUACUUAUAUAAAAGUAUUCCAACAUCCAUUGUAUAUGCUGCAUCUGAUGUAUUAUAUCUAUGGUUGAUAUUUUUUUUUUUUCGACGUAGGCAUAUCAUCGAAACUAAACAUGCCUGUAAUAUAAGCGUACGACACUUCGCUUUAGGCAUAUUAUGCAUGGAACGUAUGUCGGUAUUCAUUUGUAUUGUUAAUGUCAUAUGUACGUAUAUGUUAUCAUAUACUGGGUAAUAAAAUCGUGUAAUACUGCCUUGAUAGAACUGCGUAAAUUACAAAAGUUUGAUGUUGUGCUAUGUUACCCAACCCUAGACACGAUACUUACUGGUCUGUCCCUAGCCUUAUACAAACGUCGGGGCGAUGGUGAAUACCUGUAUCUGGGUUACUAGUAUGCUAAUAUAUACAUGUAUUGGGGUAUUGAACUAAAGCAUUGGCAUCCCAAUAAGGUCUAUCUAGAUAUCUUAUAUUACAGUACUUGAAUCGACAGUAGCUGUAGAGGAUCAAAAGAAGAAGACUGCGAUUUUAUGCUUCUUAAAAAAAAGUAUGGCUAGGGAAUAUUAAAGGCUGACUGGCUUCUAUCCUAUGUUUGUGUCGGUCCCUAAAAUUGUAUAUUCAUAUGAAUGACGGGUCACAGCUUGCGGAGAAUUGAUUAGUCUGCUGACGUCACAACAGGUGUUUGUUUUCCUUAGAAUAAAACAAAAAUACAUGAAGCUACCGGUUUAAAGUAAGUCGCUGUGUUCUGUAGCUAAGACUGUUAGAUUUUUCAGGACUAUGGCCGAAAGUUCUAGUUCGAGCAGAAUGGUACCGGGUUCUGGAGACACAGUGAAGAGAAAUUCUUGUAGUUUCCCCGGCCUGGGACUCGUGUGUGCCCUGGUGUCCACGUUAUUCUUCUCCCUGAGCUCUCUGUUCGUCAAACUGGUGUGGGAUC